GCCCACCGUAUGGCAACACACGCGCCCAGAUUCGCUUGUUUUGGCAAGAAUCUUCCCACUGAUAAAGCACAUAUUGAUUUCCGGAGCAGGCUUCUAAAGUUUUCAACGUGCAAUGCGAUAGCGAAGAGAGCUGAAUGAAAAUGAAGCUGGCUCUGGGCACUGACAGCUGCGGCUAAGAAAUGCCCAAACGGCAACUCAGGUCCGAGGUCGAGGGCGACACCCAUUUCACCCACACAAAUGGCUGGUUGUUUACAAGGGUCCAGCAGACCUCUUGCUGCCAGUGAGGCCGCGUGUGUCUUGAGAGUUUUAAGCAACUCGGUGUUUUGUGUCACAAGUGUUAUGUUUGGAGUCUGCCGUGUGGAGGACAUGAUCUUGUCUCUGGUUUACAUCACAGGAAAAGUUGAUUGAUAUCCGAUUUGUGUUGUGGGGAUCAUUCGCCGAUUUUAUUUUUUUCUUUUAUGAGAUGAAAAGCUACCAAGGAUUCCCGGAUAACCAUGGAAGCGCUGAUCAAUCUGAUGAUUACUUAUGACAUGAUUGGAAUUUUUCACUCUUGGACGACGUAGUUCAGCGAGGAAAAAUGGUGUGGAAUUUGGUGUUUAGGAGGACAUGGUACGAUUUGCAUAUAGUACAUUGUGACCAAGUGAUUACAUUAAGCAGAAGAGAGCAUACAAAGUUGUGACAGUUUUCCUCUGUUUAUUUGAGUGCGUUCACUGCGAGAGAAUCGGCGCCAUGGCGUGGGAUAGCCCACAGCGCCUUCAGGACUCUGUGGCCGCGUUCCUUGCAAAGAGUAUCACUAGAUUCACAGAAGAUCGCAUACGAGGGGCGAUAGCACUCGUGCCUCCAGAAUUGUUGAUUGCCAGAGCAACCGCUGGUCUCAUAAGACAUCGCUGUUUGGAGGAGGAGUCUAUAUUUGCCGAAGAUGAUGAUGACGAGAAAGAGACCACCACUCAUUUAAUAACUUACGAAGAUGACUUAGAUGAUAUGGAUCUAGCGCUACUUGUGGUCAAGGAAGCCCUAGAUCAAGUAAAAGACUGGCUAUCCAAGAUCCCACAGAAUCCAGGGGGUCCGAGACAGUCACUGGAAAGGGCUUUCGAUGUAUACUCUGACGUCCAUCCAAAGUAUGAUAAGGAUUUUGGAAAGCAUCUGACCGGAAUUCUGAUGAAGUUUACGGUUCUUGAAAGUGUUUUCAUUGACCGUGACUACGGUGACAAAGACAAACAGUGUGUUAUACCGUUUGCUUGGGAAGGCUGGGUUACGAAGCUUGUGCACGUACUGGGGCCCUUUGAAUCUUUGCUUGAACUAAAGGUAUAUGGUGGCAUGUACCCCAGCAUUCUAGAGGCCAUCUUACAAGAGGCACCAAACCUUAAAAGUCUUUUCAUCUCACAUAUCAAUAUCACAGAUGAAAUCUUGAUAAUAGCCAGCAAGUCAUGUCCGAUGCUGGAGAAGUUUUAUUUACUCCACAACUUCCCAUGGCAGGUCAUUUCCAUGAAAGCUUUUUGUAAGACAUUUUUUAAGGGCAGGAGUUUAAGCAAGCUCUCUGAUCAUGUUUUGCUAGGUGAGGAUAAGACUGUUUAUAAAUCUUUCACUACCCUAAAGGAAGUUGAAGUUGCUUAUGGGCGUAUUGAGGUAGCAAAGAACUUUCAUAAGUUGCUUCUCGCUUAUUAUCCUGAACUAACCUCUUACACAUGUGAGUGGAAAACAAACGUCUUUGAUGAUCAGUAUUCAAAUCAUGGCCGUGAUAUUUUAAUGCCUAUAACUAGAAAUGGGAAAGUGCUCUCUCUAACCAAAAUAUUCUUUGAGUGUGGUGUGGUAUAUACAAUGGGACUUGAACGACUGCAUAAGUUUGCCUGGUGCUGCCCUGAUGUCAGGUCCCUCGUGCUAGAUCUUACCAAUAUGGGAACUGCCAAAAUUUGUAAAUCUGCAGGCAGACAGAUGCUAGAGCUAAUUCUUGAGUGGCCCAAAUUAGAGGAAUUGCAUUUGAAUCUACACUGUGAUGAUGAAUUCAACAUGAGCUUCCUGAUGCCCAUAAUGUCAACUAAAGGCCAAGCACUGAAAUCCCUAAUCCUGGAAGCCCCAACAGUUUCUCAGUGUUUGAACUCGAGCAUAAUUAUUUGGUUCCUUCAGCAGUGCCCAAAUCUUGUUCGCCUAAAGAUGCAUGUAUGGCAGCGCUCCGUGUUAAACGUUCCAAACAAUGGGGAAGGCCUCAUCUUCCCAGUCUGUCAAAACCUCAAGGAAAUAAGCUUCCAUGAAGAUGGACCUGGUGAUAGCGAUACCCCGGCAGCUGAGCCUGGACAUAGGCAACGUUGGUGUGCUGUUCUAGAAGCACUACUCAAAUCUGCUCAAAACCUGCAGAUCCUCAGUAUUAGUAUGUGCCACGGGCUAUCUUCGCUUCUUAAGAAUAGUGUGUGCAAUGUAGAAAUCUUUCAUCUACAUGUGAAGUCGUGUUACGAAAGGAAUCCCUCAGUUGAAAAGAUCCAAGGUCUAGUGAAUUCUUUGCCAAAUCUUCAGUGGCUUUAUUUGGAAGAAUUGCGUGGCAGCACUUACUGGAGGAUAUGGCGUCAUUAUAGACACACAGGACUGAACAUCCGUUGGGGAAAUCUCUAUGGGUGGCCCAGGACUUAAUAUGCUCAAUGUAAACACUGAAGUACUGCAAAUGUUUAUUGUCGUAAACCCUUGUCUUAACGUUGGAUUUCAAAAUGGUAUUACAGGAUGACAGAGUCAGUAUUAGUCAGUACGUAUUGUCUUAAGCUAUUACAGAAUUGUUCCCAGAUGUUCCAUAGGAUAUAGAAGCAUUAUUUCGUAUAAUCUGACAACUGUUUUUUUUUAUUAUAAUCAUAGAUAAAUUUUUGUUGCUUAAAAACAAUUAGUGAACUGUAACUGCAGUUGGAUGAUUGCAGCAGAAUCAGGGAACCUAAAGUAAUAGAAUUAUUUGCCGUGUGUUAAUCCCAUAAAAAAUGUUGAUGAUCGGCCUUCCUGGCUUUUAUAAACUGAUGCUUCUUUUUUUUAUGGGGAUGUGAUAUUGACAAAUUAAAGUUCAUAUAUUUUUUCCAUACUUCGUACGGUAUUAUUACUACCUAGGUGAUGUGAAGAAAUGGACGUUGGUUUCACUGAAGUGAUAAAAACUAGUGUCACAAUACGUCGCUAGAACAAAUUUGUUUUCAAGCAGUAAUUAACUCCGGGAGAAAUUCUGAAAUUAUAUGAUAUCUGUGGUGAAAGGAUUCCACCCCUGAUUAUGUAUGAGAAUAUCAUAGCUCGACACUGUAAAUUAAAUGUCUAAAAGGCAGAAACUGAAUGAAAAACACACCUCUUCGGGAGAUUCACAAGAAACCUCUGUCUAUUUAUUUGGUUUUUAAACACAACAUCGACAAACCACGGAAGAACGUAAACAUUAUCUACAGCGUAUCCGGAAUGUGAGAUAAAGAGAAGAGUAGCAUUAAAGGACGAACUUCAUGGUAAAGAGAAACCCGAAGACUAGUUACUAAAGGCAUUACCUUAAACUGUUAUGAUUAUAAAUAAAUUCUAGAGUAAGUGAGACAA